AUGACAGUGGACACGCCACUCAUUAUCAACCAGGAAACGCUGGAGGAGCUUCAGAAACAGGACGAUUCUCUCUCGAGGUUUGCGCGUCUGAGGAAGAUGUACCGCAAUGGGUUCUACUCGGACUUCGAGCUGACCAUACUGCGAUCGAAGCCGAACGACUGUCCUAUUGUGCAGAAGUACGCCAAAAUUGAGUCCUUUAUCCACCAUGGAAAGUCUGUGACGCUCAACACCUUCUUCAGCGAGCACCCGCUCCGAGAGUACCAGAAGAGAAACGACCCGAAUCUGCAGCACGAUAUCCUCGACAAGAUCGAGUCGUUGCCGGUUCUAGUGUUUGUACACGGCCUGGGUGGCCAGCUGUCGCAGUUCGAGCCGAUUUUACAGGAGUUCCGCAAUUGUACCGACGUUUUCGGCGUCGACCUCCCAGGCUUUGGGAACUCGAAAGUGAGCACAAAGACGCCCAAGUUUAGACUGACCCAGUACACAGACGAGGAGCUCGCGCGUCUGGAGCAGGACGCGAAGAAUCUUGUUCCUGAGGACUACACGAGCGAAAAUAUCGCAGAUCUGCUGAACACCAUUUUGUCGACCAAGUUUCCUAAUAGACGCUUUAUUCUCGUUGCGCAUUCCAUGGGCACGCAUCUGGCCACAAGACUAAUUAAUCUGCUUCCGGAGGGCAAGGUCGAGACGCUGGUGAUGGUCUCUCCACCUAAUCUGGCCCCGAUGAACCUCCCUCGCGCUCUCAGGGUGGCUCUGGGCGUCUUCAGCUCUCUGCCGCGCCUGUUCGACAUUUACCGCUUUGUGGACCGCGUGGGCGGUCUGUACUCGCCGUCGGUGAACAAAUUCAUCUAUCCCGAGACCAACGACUGGCUGAAGAGAGCAACGCAGUUCCGAUGGAACCUGGACACCGAGUCCGAGACGUUUCUUAACUAUCUGAACGGCUUCCACCUGGUGUCCUCUGCAGAGCUGGUGGCUGCUGCCAAAAAAAUCAUCAAUUCCACCAACGAGCCGAGAAUAUUGAUAUGUUGCGGAGACGCUGACAGGGUCACUCCGUACCAUGCCAGCGAGGCAAUUGCCCGGGAACUGGAGUCGCACGGUAUUUUAUCCAGGCUGGAGAAGAUCGACAAAGCCAACCACUCCAUCUUUCUUGACAGGCCGCACUACCUGACCGGCGUCAUCUACCAAUUUGUCGAGAGUCUCGAGCUGAACGUCAGUUGCACCUGGGUGUUGCAGGUGAAAGCACAGAUCAGUGGUGACAAGUGGGGGCUGAAGAAUAAGGAGAAAUGGGACAAAGAGGUGACAAUCUCUGCGCCGCUGCGUGUUUCGGGAAAGCCAGAAGCGCCGUUGCUGGGCAUGAAGACGCUUUGUCAGACCGACGAGGUGCAUAACCCCACGGCUUUCGAGAACGACCAUCCAGAAGUGGUGGCCAUCAUAGAUAUCGGGUCGGAUACCCCAGCGUACGACCCGACAGAUUUCAAGAGAAUCCGCUACGUCAAGUUCAAAACCGAGUCGAAGGUCACGCCGGACAACGUGACGAUUGUCAGGUUCAUCGAGGUGGCACACGAGGUCGCCAGAGAAUUGUCAGAGGGCCAGUAUAUCGGCGUGCACUGCCACUACGGCCAGAACCGCACCGGGUUCUUCAUCUGCUGCUACUUGGUCGAGAAAUUGGGCUGGACGGUGAAAGAGGCGCUCGCUGCGUUCGAGGCCGCCAAGCCACCGGGCAUCCGCCACGAGCAUUUUAAAAACGCUCUCUAUCUCAGAUACGGUGAAUAG